AUGACGUCGAUCACAAGCGAAGGCAAACCUUCGGGUGUUUGGCUCAAGAGGAGCUCCGUGCUGUCGGUGCCGCUUUCGUAUGACUCGCCGUCGCUAAGUAUGGACUCAAUGCCGCCGGUUUUUCGUGGCGACUCGUUGGUGCUGCGUCGCACGUUACCACUGGACCCGAGUGUCGUGGAGGAGCAGCAGGAGUUUUGUUUCUACGGACUCGAGCACGACGGAGCCAUGAGACCCGGGGGACCAGUGAGUCUAUUGUCGAGACGUUCGGCUGGUCUCUUGCUCAAUUACUUUGUCGUCGGCGCCUUGUUUGGAGGUAUCUACACUGCCAUUGUGCCCUCCUUGAGCAAGUAUCUUAACUUGCAGCAGCACCACGUGCAAGCGGCGUCAGCAGUGGUCAAUACAGCGUGGAAUUGCAAAGCGCUUGGCGGGUUCUUGACCGAUAGUGUGCGCAUCUGCGGCUACAGGAGGAAACCGUACAUGAUUAUCGGAUGGCUCUUGUGUUUUGGCUGUCUGUUGUAUCUCGGAGCGUCCAAUACACUCGGCGCGGAGAACGAACACGUGGCGUGGAAGUACAUGUUCUUUACGUCAUUGGCGACGUUUGGCAUGUGCUUGGCGAAUACAACUGCAGACGCUAUAGUGGUGGAGGUGGCCCAGCGAGAGCCCUUGUCGACUCGAGGGCGCACGCAAGUGAGCAUCUACGCAGCGAGGUCCAUUGGUGCAGUCAUCAUGAGCCUGUUUGUCACGGGGUCCCUCGACCAGUCGAUGUACGGCGGAACGAGCUGGUCGCUCAGCAUCAACCAGGUCAUGCUCGUGCUUGCAGCGUGUGCCAUGAUGUCGCUCAUCAGCUCGAUCUGGCUAGUGCAUGAAGACCCGAAAGUUCAGCCGGUGCCGGGCUCUGCCUUUGCCAAUGUCGUGUCGUGUCCACCCCACCGAAAUGAGCCGAGUACGGUCCCGCUUGAUCCCCCGCUGAGCCUUCGCGAGCGUCUUCAGCUCGUUUGGAAACUCGUCCAAAGCCGCAUGAUGUGGCGGCUCUUGAUGUUUCAGCUGAUUUCGAGCUUCUGUGGGACGAUCGACUCGAGCGCAGCUCAAGCGAUCAAAGUGAACUGGAUCAAGCUGGAUGGCUGGCCAAAUACCGUCGCUGCAGCAGUGUGGGGAUUGGCAUACGUCGGUGGGUUGUUUAUGACACAACGGUUUCUGCUACGUGGAGACUGGCAGCAACUGUACUGCAUCUCGACUCUCUGGCAGAUGCUCAUCGAUGUCAUUACCGUAGUGUGCACGGUCUUUCACAUCGUGCGAAACCAGACCUUCUGGCUGCACAUGCGCGUGCUCGCAGCACCCGCUAUGGCGAUCCGUUUCCUGGUCACGAUCUUCCCCAUCGUCGAACUCGCACCUCGCGGGAUCGAGGGCACCACUCACGGGCUCGCGAUCACGUUCCGGAAUUUGGCUAUCCCGUUUGGUACUGCCCUAUACAAAGCGAUCGGCUCGAACUUUGCAAUCUCGCCCGAAGACGUGCGUCGCGACUCUCACUCCACGCGGCUACAAGUCACGUAUACGUACAUUAUCGCGUGGGCUCUCCAGCUCUCGACGCUCGCGUUCAUUCGAUUGCUUCCGCGCCAGAAACUCGAAGUGCAGCAAAUGCGUUACUACGGCGGCUACAGCAUGUCGGGAGGAUGGCUUGUGGUCGCAGUCCUGGUUGGUGGCCUUGCUUACGUGAGCACGGCGAACCUCAUGUCGCUUUUCGAGCCUUCAGCUUGCUUGCGAAUGGCUGGAGGCUCUGGGUGCUAA